AUGUCAUCAUCGCCAUCACCAUCACCCCCACCCAUCCACACCAAACAAACCAACCAAUCAGAGAUCAACACCAAAUGGUCUAACAUUCCCAGUCUCACUAAGAACCAAUUCAGAAUGUUCAUUGUCCGGCUCAUACGGCAAACCCCCCCUGCACGCGCCAACGACAGGUACCAGGAGACCCUUCGUAAUCUAUUUACCCAAUUAUCCACCUCCCUCGAAUCUCAACUCCACCAGCUCAAAGUACCCCCGCCGCCAAACUCCCUACGCAGCACACAAGCGCGUAAAUUCAAACCUGGCUGGCUUUUCACCACAGACUCAACCGUCGACCUCCAGUCGGUUGCUAACUCUCUCGAAUCCCGCCUCCGUCCACUCGAGGAUGGCGUGGAUAAGUUGAAACAUCAGCUCGGCGUGCACAACCGCGAGCUCGAGCGUAGAGAGCAUAGGCUGCAGCAGUACACGCGCACGGUCAACAGUCUGACUGAAGAGUUGGACAGUGUCGAGGCCACGAGAAUGCAUCCCCAAUUAAAGAGGGCGUUUGACCAUGAUGAGGAGGAUGAUAAUUAUUCUCACAAUAACGCCCAUCGCAAGAGCCGUAGACAUCUCCUCUCUUCCGCCGAAGAAACCAUCUACCAGCACGCUCAACGACAGCACCUGCAGCCAAUCUACGACAUACGCCACCCACACUCCACCAACAACAAGGAUAACGAUAACGACGAGAAGAACUCUCACACCUACUCCAAAGAAGAUGAUGACUAUUUGCACGCCGCUCUAGCUCCUCUCCUCCCUCGCUUACAGGUGCUCGAAAACACCGCCAUAGCAAAUAACGAUCCUCUCCUCGUGGCAGCGGAGAUGCGCGAUAUUAUGGAAUCUUUUUACACGUCGAGGAGGAAAUAUAAUGAUCCAGAGGCGUUUGACUGGUUCGAUGAGCCCCCGUUGGAGGUUUACGAGCCUCACCAACAGAGCCCGUUGAGCGACGCGCAGCAUGUUCACAGUCCCGUCUCUGACGUGUCCACUGAUGACGACUUUAUCGCUGAAUUCAAUCGUGUGCAGCCUCAAGAUAGCGACAGCGACAGCAACAGUGACAACGACAGCAACGACUCACACUCCCCUGACUCAGACGUUAUCGCUUCCUCCGAUUACUCCUCACAUAAAGGCAGCCCACCGCCAAAACGCUCGCGAUCGGUAAUCCCUCUCGGGCCUGAUCUGUCUCCGCGUGGCAGCGUGAGUGGGAGCAACGACAGUGAGAGUGAGAGUGAGAGCAGUAAUCAUUUACAGCCACAGUCACACACACACACUAAUCCACUGCAAUCUCCGUAA